AUGUUUAGAUUAAUACAGAGACAAGCUAUAAUACCCAAUAUAAUACCUUUAAGAUCAAGUCUAAUUAGAUUCAAUUCAACUUUUCCACCAACACAACAACCACAAUCACAACAAUCCCAACAAUCAAAAGAUACCAAAAUAAAUAUAGAUGAUUUAUUAAAAAAUUCAAUACCUGAAUUAUCUUUUAAAGAUUCAAUAACAGAAAGAUUUGGAUUUGAAACAAAUAGACAACAAACUCCAAGAGAAGUUGCAAAGGGAAUAAAAGAAUUUGGAACUAAUGCUGGAAGAUCAAUAGAUGUAAAUUAUAAUAAUUUAUCAAGAACUUUUGUACAAAUCAAAAGAUUAAAUAAUGAAAAUAAAAUAAGAUAUUUACAAAAAAUUCAAUCAAGAUAUAUUAGACCUGCAAAAUAUAAGAAACAAUUGAAAAGAGAAUGGUGGAGAAGAAAAUUUUCUUCUGGUUUUAAAGACUUAUUGGCUCAAGUUAAUGAUGCAAGAAGAAGAGGUUAUUAA